CCCAUUUAAUACACAUCAAUUGAUUCCCAAUUUUCCAUAGUGAUAGUAAAAGUAGACAUAUUAAAGGAUCCCAAAUCAGAUAAAAUCCAAACUAGACAAUAGGAGAGAGAAAAACAAAAGAUGGAUAGGGUGUUCUCUUCCAUGGGUGAAAUGUCAGACCAUCUCUGGUCUUCUUCUUCUUCUGCACCAGUACCACCUGGAACUAAUGUGAAUGAAGAUGAAGAUGAGCUUUCCAAAAUGAACAGGAGCGCUUCAGAGUGGGCCUUCCAGCGUUUUCUCCAACAAGAAGCCUCUGUUUCACCUUCAUCUUCCUCACAAGCUCAAAAUGAUGUUGAAGAAACCAAGGUCAAUGCAACAAGUAUGGCCUUACCAAAUGGGCCAAACCCCACAAACACUAACAGCAGUGCGGCGCCGUUUAAGGCUCCUAAUGUUCCUGUUGAUUCUGAGGAGUACCAGGCCUUCCUCAAGACCAAGCUCGAUCUGGCUUGUGCUGCUGUGGCCUUGUCUCGUGUAAAGGGAUCUUUAGUGAAAGCUCAAGAUUCUGCUUCUUUAGCUGACAGUGGGCAACAGGCUUCCGAUGCUUUGCAACUGGGUUCUCAAGCCCCCCUUGAAGGAGCUGGGAAUGAUUUAUGCAGGUCAUAUGAUAAGAAUGCUACUGCACCACUUGGAAUUCCUUUAUUGCCAACGAUACAGAGUAGAUCUGGGGCUUCAAUAAGGCAAGCAACAAGUGGAUCAUCAAGAGAACUCUCAGAUUAUGAGGAAGUUGAAGGAGAAACUGCAAUGACUGAAAAUAUGGACCCUACUGAUGUGAAACGUGUGAGGAGAAUGCUCUCUAAUAGAGAAUCAGCUAGACGCUCAAGAAGAAGAAAGCAGGCCCAUUUGACUGAGCUUGAGACACAGGCAUCUCAAUUAAGAGUUGAGAACUCCUCUUUAUUGAAGCGUCUGACUGAUAUAAACCAGAAGUACAAUGAAGCAUCUGUUGACAACAGAGUUUUGAGAGCUGAUAUUGAAACAUUGAGAGCAAAGGUAAAGAUGGCUGAGGAGACGGUGAAAAGACUAACCGGAUCAAACUCUUUGUAUACUAUGUCAGAUGUGUCCUCAAUCAGCAUGGCACCAUUUGAUGGAAGCCCUUCAGAAACAUCAGCAGAUGCUGCUGUUCCCGUGCAAGAUGACCCAAACCAUCACUAUUUCCAACCUGCUUCCACUAACUCUAUGCCAACUGACUUCAGAGGCAACAAUGAUUUGGCAGAUAAUACCCCUUCAGUUGAAAAUGCGCAGCAGACUUCUGCAGCAACAUCAACAGAAGUGGUGGGAAACAAGAUGGGACGAACACUUUCCUUACCGCGAGUUGCUAGCUUAGAGCAUCUCCAGAAGCGGAUCCGCGGUGGAGAGCAAUAGUUUACAAGCUCAAUGAUCAUCAAAGCAUGAGGAAGGAUUUAUUGAAGAAUGCUGUUGCAAUAUUAUUUUGGGGCUUAGUUAUGUAAAAAUUCCUAUCACUUACCCCAACUACAUUGAUGGAUAUUUUUACCAUCUACCUCGUCAUGUGAUGCCAUGCAUGGAAAAGACUAUUAAUCACAUUGCUUCCAUAAGCCGGUAAAUGUCUCUGCUUGAGAGCUGAUUACUGCAUCAGUGAUUUAUUUGCAUAGAAAUUCUAAUUAGUUCA